AUGAUGCGGAUAGACGCGAAUAAGCUGCUCUACCCUAGCACCAACUACGCUAGGAAGACCAUCGUCAUCACCGGUAGCAACACUGGCCUAGGAAAGGAAGCUGCGCGACACUAUAUACGCCUAGGCGCGAAAAAGCUGAUCCUCGUUGUCUACAGCGUCGAGAAGGGCGAGGCUGCGAAUGUCGACAUCUUCUAUACCAACGCCGGCCUUGUGCGACCUGAGUUCGCCCUUGCUAAGGACAACGAGACCAAUAUCACAGUGAACUACGUCUCAACCUUUCUCCUUGUCGCGCUCGUCCUGCCCAAGCUCAAGGCCACGGCUAAGCAGUUCAACACUUGUCUAAACCUCGUAAUCACAAGCUCUAGGGUGCAUAGGUAUACAACAUUUCCCUAUCAGAAGGAGGCCAACAUCCUCGCCAAGGUCGUCUUUGCGAUUAUAAAGACGCUGCUAGCGAGGUCGACCGAGAAGGGGAGUAGGACACUUGUCUAUGCUAGCAAGCAGGGCCUAGAGACAUAUAGACAGUACCUCGAGGACUGUAAGAUUGCUAAGCCGUCGCCAGUUGCCAAGUUGAAGGCGAAACUAGAGGCUAUUCAGCCUAGGGUGACUGUAAACUUCUAG